AUGAUGAAUGCUGUGUCGCCUUCAUUCGUUUCACCAGCGUCUAACAUCAUCGACCAGCCAUCAGCAACCUCUGAUUCUGAUUCUCUUUCAGUCUCCUCUACACCAGCCUCGGACGAGCUACCGGAUGGAACCGAAUUCGCGACAGAACUUGUAGGCUCGCGUGAUGCUGCUAGUUCACCUUCCCCAUCUCUGCCCCCUCAAAGUCACUCCAAUCAUGAAAUCACUACUACUCCAGUCCACCCCUCUCUUCCAAUCGAGCUUUCCGACGGAAUCCAAGUGCCUCCAGAAACCGUCAACUCGCGUGGUGCAGCUGCAUCCCCUUCCCCGUCUUUUCCCCCUCAAGGCUCCUCUCGUCCUCACAUGCCUCUUGCUUCAGCUUCCACUCCGGUCCUAGCCUCACCUCCAAAGUCGUUUUGGAAGCGCUUUCCUAUGUUCAACAGGUCUGCAGCAUCUGUAGACUCCAAGCGGUGGAAAUUCCCGCGCAUUGGUAGCAUCAUGCGGCGCAAGCAUCGGAACUUGGGACCUGACGAUGCCAAGAAUUAG